AUGGUAGCUGGGUUUUAUAUCUGUCAAGAGUACAGAGAUAUUCUUGAUCAGGAUGCUGAAACUGGUCAAAUUCAAGCUGAGUGUUCUAAAGAAGUCCAAUUGAUGAUGAGUACCUACGAAUCAUCAAUUAACUGGUCCUUCUUUAGAAUUCUUCAUACUUCACAACAUCUACUGAGCUUGCGAUUCAAACACAUUCACAUUCCUGCUGGCAAGGAAGAAGUAUUGAUCGAGAAGUUUCCUAUUUACGGAAGGAUGCUCGCAUUUCAUCUGAAGAAAGCUCUGCAGCGCAAGAUGUUGCUUCAACAAGCUGAAGAAACGCUGUUGGAUAUUUUUUAUAAGCUUCUGCCUGCCACUUUCAUCAACGAAAUGUUCUAUUAUUUGAUAGUAGUUUAA